AUGAUCUCAAUCAAGUUGGAAACCGCCUUUCUUGUGGCCACACUGUCCAUUGGCGUCAUUGGGCGGCCCUCGCCAGGAGAGUCGCCCACUCACAAGCCUGUCCCGGGCAGGUCCCUUCAGAGCUCAAACUUGCCCGAUGACUAUUACGUCCCUUCGUACUACCCAGCUCCGUAUGGAGGGUGGGUAAGCGAUUGGCAGGAGAGCUAUCGUAAAGCAAGACGCUUCGUGGCUUCCAUGAACCUGGCCGAGAAAACCAACAUCACUGCGGGUAGUGGCAUAUUCAUGGGAUUUCCGCAGCUCUGCUUCAACGAUGGUCACAACGGAGUCCGACAGGCUGACAACGUGACGGUCUUCCCUGACGGAAUCACCACCGGUGCGACUUUUGACAAGCAACUCAUGUACCAGCGCGCCGUCGCUAUCGGCAAGGAAGCCCGUGGCAAGGGAGUCAAUGUAUGGCUAGGCCCAACUGUUGGGCCGAUUGGGCGCAAACCAAGGGGUGGUCGCAACUGGGAGGGAUUCGGUGCUGAUCCGUCCCUGCAAGCCAUCGGGGCUCGCGAGACGAUAAGAGGUGUUCAAGAACAAGGUGUCAUUGCCACUAUCAAGCACUUCGUUGGUAACGAACAGGAAAUGUAUCGCAUGUACAACCCGUUCCAAUAUGGCUACAGUGCCAACAUCGGUAUAUCCCCGCCGUCCUCGCCUUGCCAAACUUGUCUUGAGCUGACAUUCUCCCUCCUAGAUGAUAGAACUCUGCAUGAAGUAUACAUGUGGCCUUCUGCAGAAGGUAUUCACGCGGGUGUUGGAUCAGUCAUGAUAGCAUACAACGCGGUUAACGGUACGGCAUGCAGUCAACACCCGUAUCUUAUCAACGCGCUGCUUAAAGAUGAACUUGGCUUCCAGGGCUUUGUACAGUCCGAUUGGCUUUCUCACAUGUCUGGCGUGGCCUCUGCCAUUGCUGGCUUGGAUGUGGACAUGCCAGGAGACACUCAGAUUCCGCUGCUUGGCCAUUCAUACUGGAUGUACGAGCUUAGUAGAUCGGUUCUCAAUGGCUCAGUGCCAAUGGACCGCUUGAACGACAUGACUACGCGUCUCGUGGCUGCAUGGUACAAGAUGGGGCAAGAUGAGAACUUUCCCGAGACCAACUUUGACACAAACACGAAGAAAAGGGAGGGCCUCCUAUAUCCUGCUGCCUGGCCGGACACGCCCAAGGUUGUGGUUAACAAAUUCGUUCCCGUCCAAGCCGAUCAUGACGGGAUUGCUCGUCAGGUAGCACAGGAUGCCAUUACACUUCUCAAGAACAACGACACUCUACUGCCACUGAGGAGGUCUCAGUCUCUCAAGAUUUUUGGCACGGGAGCUCAAACCAACCCAGAUGGUGCCAAUGCUUGCUCUGAUCGGAAAUGCAACAAGGGCACCCUGGGCCAAGGAUGGGGAUCCGGCACGGUAGAUUAUAUGUACCUAAACGAUCCCAUCACUGCUAUCAAGGCCAAGGCCGACGAUGUCCGCUUCUAUAGCACGGACUCUUUUCCUAGGAAAAUCGACGAGCCACAAGAUACAGAUGUUGCCGUUGUCUUCAUCACCUCCGACUCGGGCGAGAACACCUGGACCGUUGAAGGCAACCACGGCGAUCGAGACGCCUCCGGUCUCCACGCAUGGCACGGCGGGGACAAGCUGGUCCAAGAUGUCGCCUCGAGAUACAAGAAUGUCGUCGUGGUAGCACACACUGUUGGCCCACUGAUACUUGAGAAGUGGAUUGAUCUGCCUUCAGUGAAGUCGGUCUUGAUUGCCCACCUACCUGGCCAAGAAGCGGGACGGUCUCUUGCCGAAGUCUUGUUCGGCGACGUCUCGCCAAGCGGCCAUCUUCCCUACUCGAUCACAAAAAGAGAGGAAGACCUACCAGAGAGCGUGACCAAACUGAUAGACAGCUACAAUCUCCACCAGCCAGAAGACACAUAUACGGAAGGCCUUUAUAUCGAUUACCGAUGGCUGAACAAGAAUAACAUCAAGCCUCGAUACGCAUUUGGACAUGGUCUGAGCUAUACCAACUUUACGUAUUCCAAGGCAGCGAUCACCAAAGUUAGCCAAAUGAGCAGCACGCCGCCUACCAGGCCACCGAAAACAGGUAUACUUGACUACACGCAGGCCAUCCCCGAGCCGAGCGAAGCGGUAAUGCCGGACGGCUUUCACAAGCACUGGCGGUACAUCUACUCGUGGCUUUUACCGUCGGAAGCCGUUGACGCUGCGGCGGACAGGAGAAACAAGUACGAGUACCCCGAUGGAUACUCAACGGUCCAGAAAUCCGGUCCUCGCGCUGGUGGUGGGCAAGGGGGCAAUCCCGCAUUGUGGGAUGUGGCGUACAAGCUGUCCGUGGAAGUCACCAAUGUUGGACCAAAGUACUCUGGAAAGGCUUCUGUACAGGCAUAUGUGCAAUUCCCCGAGAACAGCAAAUACGAAACACCCAUCACCCAGCUGCGCGAUUUUGAGAAGACAGACACGCUUGCGCCCGGCGAAAGCACGACUGUUGAGUUGCAUUUGACCAGAAAGGACUUGAGCGUGUGGGAUGUCGUGCUGCAGGAAUGGGUGAUUCCCGUUGUUGAUGGACAAUAUACCGUCUUGCUGGGAGAUGCCAGUGAUAGCUUCCAAGUCUCCUGCCGCGUCGACAGGUUGGAAUGCAUCACCCUUGCCCAAGGUUUAUAG